GUCACUCUAACCAAACCUGCUGCCUGCCUGCCUCUGCAGCAGUCAGACCCUGCCUGGACCAUGGCGGUGAUGCAGACUCCAGGAGGCCCCAGCCCCGGGCAGACCUGUGUGUUGAUCCUGAUCUUCACAGUGCUCCUGCAAGCCCUCUGUGUGGCCUUGACUUACGUGUACUUCACCAAUGAACUGAAACAGAUGCAGGACAAGUACUCCAAAAGCGGUAUAGCUUGCUUCUUAAAGGAAGAUGACAGUUUCUGGGAUCCCACCGAUGACGAGAGUAUGCUCAGCCCCUGCUGGCAGGUGAAGUGGCAGCUACGUCAGUUUGUGAGAAAGAUGAUUUUGAGAACCUAUGAGGAAACCAUUUCUACAGUUUCAGAAAAGCAACAAGGCAUUCCUCACCUAGAAAGAGAAAAAGGUCCACAGAGGGUGGCUGCUCACAUAACUGGAACCAGUAGGAAAAGAAGCACAUUUCCAUCUCUAAGCUCCAAAAAUGAAAAAGCUUUGGGCCAGAAAAUAAACUCCUGGGAAUCAUCAAGAAAAGGACAUUCAUUCUUGAAUAAUUUUCACUUGAGGAAUGGAGAGCUGGUUAUCCAUCAAACAGGGUUUUACUACAUCUAUUCCCAAACAUACUUUCGAUUUCAGGAACCUGAGGAAAUUUUGGGAACGGUUUCCACAGAAGGAAACAGAAAGAAAAACAGGCAAAUGAUACAGUAUAUUUACAAAUGGACAAGCUAUCCUGACCCUAUACUACUGAUGAAAAGUGCUAGAAGUAGUUGUUGGUCUAAAGAUUCAGAAUAUGGACUCUAUUCCAUCUAUCAAGGUGGAAUAUUUGAGCUUAAGGAAGAUGACCGAAUUUUUGUCUCUGUUACUAAUGAGCAACUGAUUGACAUGGACCAAGAAGCCAGUUUUUUCGGGGCCUUUUUAAUUGGCUAAAUGAUCUGCAGGGGAAAAAACCAUGCCUCAGAGUGACUUUUCAGAGUCGUAUACUGUGAAAAUAUUCCAGCAGAGCCAAUAGGUUAAGGCAGCCUGAGCAAAGAGGCCUCAACCCAAAGGCUCAACAACACAAGCUUUUUUAGAAAGUGAAAAGUGACCAAUUCCUUCCAGGAAAGUGAAACUGCCAAGAGACCUUGUGGAGCUCUGCCUGAUAUCAUUUUGCUAGUAAACAUCUAGAAGAUACUCUGUCUCCAAAUUUGUGUAGCAAUUAACACCUCCUGCCUUUAUCAUCUACUCCUGUGAAGAUUCUAGAAGAAAGAGUAGUGAUCCAUCUCAGGUGGGAAUAAGGAACAACAUUCCCAAAACUAAAGAGAAAAGGGCAACACUGAAAGGUCACAGUCAAUAUAUGCAGUUUCAAUACAAACAUAACAAAUUAAAGCUACGUUUAGUGGACAAGGAGCUACUUCUGAAUGGUUUGUGCUUUUCUCUACUAAAAAUCAGGCUGGCCAAAAGCACUCAGGGUAUUUUUGAUAAAGGACUCUAAAAUAAGUGAUAAAGUAUGGCGAUACCUCAGAAAACUAAAUACAGAACUACCACAUGACCCAGCAAUCCCACUCCUGUGCAUAUAUCUGGACAAAACUUUCCUUGAAAAAGAUACAUUCAUCUCUAUGUUCAUUGCAGCACUAUUCACAGUAGCCAAGACAUGGAAACACCUAUAUGUCUAUGAAUGGAUGAAUAGAUUAAGAAGGUGUGUUAUGUAUACAUAAUGGAAUACUACUCAGCCAUAAAAAGGACAAA